AUGAGUGGCCAGUUCAAAGAUAGAUUGACAGAGUAUGCUUCAACUAGAUUUGGUGAUGAGAUUAAAGAGAUGAUGAGGGGAUCUGGAGCUGGAUAUGUAAAGAUACCCCAAGAGGAUAUACCCGAGAUUGUUGGUGCUGAGGAGUCUAUCAAGUCAUUCGUUCAUCUGGCUCACACCUAUGAUCUCGUGGCCAAGUCCACGGCCUUUGAACUUAUUGCAUUUGGAGUCUUUGGUGGCCGCUUCAAAACACAUCAUGCACGAUACAUCCAUCUUUGGACGCACUAUGAUCAGAUCAAGUUUCAAUACCUCCAAUCAAACGUUGUUUUGGAGGCCAACAACAUUGAUGAACUCGAUCAUUUCAUGAUGUACCUCUGUGCCAGUCCUACGAUAUAUGGUACGCCACCUGCUGGUGAUGGAGCCAUCGCUGGCGCUGGAGGUGGUACUGAUGCGCCACCACCAUCAUACUCAUUAUACCCAUACUCAUUGUCAAUGGAAGUGAUGAACCAGCAUUUGUUAAAGAUCAAGGCGAUGAUCAAGGCGUCACAGGUUGUCAAGUCAUUCCAAACUGUGCCAUUCAAAGAGUUGUUGGUCUCCCAUCGUAUUCACUAUCAUAUGCUUCAGAAUGAUUGGUUCCCAGAGCUCAACCAACAGGCCACUAAUAUAUUAAGUGAUGGACUAUCAGAGGUGGUCAAGGCAGUUGAUACUAUGAAGUUGUAUCUAAGUGAUGGACACACAUUUGACGAGGCCACACGCACUUUGGUAUUCCGCACCAUUGCCUUUGGAGUUUAUAACGAUUUCAAGGCUCCAUUCGAACAGAAUCAAACUACCAAUGCCAAUGUCGAAGUAAUGCACAAUCUCCUUAGAGUCAUCCAAGCUGACUCACUAUCAUUUGGCAAUCCAAUCGAUGGCUACCCUCAGUCCAAGCCACAACUCAUCGUUGAACAGCUUCCACCUCAACCCUCGCCCUCGCCCUCAGCCCCUCCAACUCCACCUACCACCACUCAAUCAACUUCACCAGACUCAUCAGCCCCUGCUCAAACCCAAGCCCCAGCCCCAACCCCAAACGUCCAUACCAAGCAAUGGCCUGCCGAGAGCAACUAUGUGCGAUCAUAUACAGAGGUGAUAGAGUUGAACAAACAUAACUUUGAUCGAGCGAUCGAGGAGAAUGACUUUGUAUUUGUAUUGUUCUAUGCGCCAUGGUGUGCACGCUCACAGUCACUCUAUCACGAGGUGGACGAGGCAAGACGUCUGUACAACUACACAGAUAUACCAGUGUUGUUUGCACGAGUCAACUGUGCAAGUAAUCUGGAACUACGCGAUAAACAAUCGAUUGCAGGCUAUCCAGUCAUCCAACUCUAUCGACGAUAUGGUGGCAAUGUCAUCCCACGUGGACCAACACACCCCGACAACCUGGCUGCAACGAUACGCGCGGCCACAUUCGCGCCAAUCACACUACUUCUCGACAAGGACGACCUUGAUGAUUACAUGUGGAGCAUGCCACAUGCCAUCUAUGGAGUGUUUCCAAACAAUGCCACGCCAGAGUAUCACAAGUUCCAAUUCAUCUCUGAUCGACUGGCAUACCGCGUACCAAUCGCACUCAUCAACGACACAUCACUGGCUCAAAUCAUGUUUGAAUCGAUCGAUCAGCCUCCUCCAUACCAAGGUAUCAUCCACGCCAUUGCCUCUGAAGGUGUCUAUGAACUCAAUCGAUGUCAUGAUGAUCCAGCCCAGAUAUUCAGAUGGAUGACACAGACUCAACCCGCGGUUUUUGAAUUGUCACCAGAGUCAUUACAUCGAUUUGCUACUGCAUUGCCAAACAUUGUGUUGUUCAUCAACUAUACAGAGUACUCGACAAAUGUGUUGGUGGAGAACAAGACAUACUCUCCAGAAUUAAUGACACUCUACGAUACAAUGGAUGAGUUUAGACAAACAUUCCGCUUCUUCUAUGCUGAUGCUGAGAUGACAAGAGACUUUGCAGACAAACUUGGUAUCACAACUUUACCAGGAUUGGCGAUUAUUGAUGUGCAGGCUGAGGAACAUUACUUGUUCCCGACUUCGGAAGACAUGCCGAUAGACAUUGUCAACCUACUUCAAUUUAUGAAUGAUUAUCAAUUAUCCAAAUUGACACCAUAUCGAAGGUCUGAUAGUCUGUUGCCAUCCUCACGACCUGGAGCAAACCACGUGAUCAAGGCCGUAUACGACAGCUUUGAGGACGAUGUGAUCAAGUCAAACAGACUCUCAUUGGUCUACUUUUACGUUCCAUGGUGUGGAUUCUGCAAGACAAUGGGCAUACAUUUUGCCGAGGCAGCGAGACAGUUGUCUGAACAAAGGUUGGACGUGGAUGUGUUGGACUAUGAUUGUAGCACCAACUCAUUGCCAAACAUGCUGCGACAUAGUAUCGACGAGUAUCCAUACAUUGCACUAUUCCCAAGUGAGAAUCCACAUCAACCAAUCGUUUACAAUGGUAGUAGAAGUGUUGAAUCCAUCAUCAACUUUGUAAAGAAAGUCAUACACGUUGAACAGAAUAGAAACAAUGAUAUUAUAGAUAUGAGAAUCAACUCAUUGGACUUGGCUGGACAAGUGUUGGACGUGUAG